AUGCAGGAAGGCAGGCAGAUGGGCGUGUUCGCGGGCGUGUUCGCGGGCGUGUUCGCGGGCGUGUUCGCGGGCGUGUUCGCGGGCGUGUUCGCGGGCGUGUUCGCGGGCGUGUUCGCGGGCGUGUUCGCGGGCGUGGACGUGGGCGUUUUCCCCUUCACGUGGCUCACUGUACUCUUGUUUACUUCCGCCAGUGCUCUCGCGCCGCGCCACCCGUUUACGUCGACACAACGCCUCGGCGCCUCCUAUGCCGCCGCAGCGCCUCACCGCCGUCUGCGCCGACACGCCACCGCGCCUCCAGCAGUCCACCCACCUAUGUUGAUACAGCAUCGCGCCGCCUUCAAUCCAUCCUUGCGCUCCUAUGCCUCGCCACGCAAUCGGCCCGACCGCAUGCGCCGGUGCAUCACCGUGAUACCAGUCACUGCGUAA